AUGAGUAAGGUACCGAAGGAUCUUCUGCUGCGGUCAUGUGCUGAUAUUAUUGAUUACAGCAACAAAGUGAAGAAACGGAAGUUUACCGAAACUGUUGAGCUACAAAUAGCGUUAAAAAACUAUGACGUUCAGAAGGACAAAAGAUUCACCGGGACUGUGCGACUAAAGCACAUUCCACGUCCCAGAAUGUCUGUGUGUGUGCUUGGGGACGAACAACACUGCGACGAGGCCAAAGCAGCAGGAAUUCCAUGUAUGGAUGCGGAAGAAUUGAAGAAAUUUGGCAAAGAGAAGAAGCCGUUGAAAAAAUUCGCCAAGAGUUACCACGCUUUUGUCGCCAGUGAGACCAUCAUCCGUCAGUUUACAAGGACAGUGGUUCCAAUACUAACCAAGUACGGGAAGUUUCCAAGUGCAGUCACACACAACGAGCCACUAAUGAAUAAGGUUGACGAAAUAAAAGCUACUGUCAAAUUCCAGAUGAAAAAGGUUCUCUGCCUGAAUGUGGCUGUUGGCCACGUAAAAAUGACUCCUGAGGAGCUGGCUCAAAAUAUCAACUUGUCAAUAAACUUCCUGGUAACGCUAUUGAAGAAGAAUUGGCAGAACGUCAGGUGUUUGUACAUUAAGAGUACUAUGGGUAAACCGCACAGAUUGUACUAAAUACAAUUAUAAUCGGGUACUCGUCACUUCUCAACAAGAACUUUAAUCAUCGGUUCCUGCUAUGCUGCAACUUCACAUCGGUUAUAUGGCACGUUGUGAUGUGCAGUUAGGUCCAAGCAGUGAAUGACAGUGCAUUUAGUGUAUUUUUCCCGUUAACUUAAGCGACUGUCAUGACUUGAAACCUAAUCGUAACACAGUCCGACACGAAAGCAACGCGUUGGUGCUCCACAUGGGUGAGUUAAAUUAUAGGUGUGUAUUUCAUGUUCUGUCAAAUACGUUGAUGCUUCCUUACUACUCAACGUAACUCAUGAAGAGUUUGGCUGCAAGAUGGUCAUUGUCCUCCCGUUCUGUGUAAUAGGGUGAAAGCGUAUAACAAAACCAACCAUCUUAGUUGUGAGGCCAAAUAGGAAUAAUAAGUCCUCUACUUCGCAACUAUUUGAUACGGAAACCAGCCUCAGUUUUACACGAAGUUCUCUAAUUUAUGUGUCGAUAGGGUUCCCAGUAAGGGCCGCUCGCCUUGCCUACCCACUGUUACGGACUGACGUUUAUAAGGUUUCGAGCUUGAUGUGUAAGCCCAUUGGAGGUGAUAAGUUGUGAAACCGUCGAAGGAGUGGUCAUUGGUGAUCUGUGGAGAUAAGGUUUGUAUACGGCUGCGAUAAUUUCAAGGUGCUGUUACAGGGGAACGACUAUGAUCCUCCCUGGGGAGACGAACUGAGACGCCUCGAUCUACUUCCGUGAUAUCGCAGGUACGAUGUGACCAGAUACUGUCAUCGCACACUGAACGUUGAUUUUCAUAUUAAUCUGUGUUGUCUUUAGCCUCCACCUUCGCCGGACCAUUAAGUCGUUUACGUCUUGGGUUUCGUUCGCAACAUUAGUCAGUAAAACGUUUGCUUUCUGUAGUCAUCGUCGAAAUUAUUCGUCCCAGGUCGUAAAUAAAAAAGGUGUCCAAGCAUUGCAUACACUCCUGAUACCUACCUGUUAAUGGUGCAGAAUAAUUUACUGGUGUGUUUAGAAAACGUCUUCGCACGCGUUUCAUUUUGUGUCGUGUGAGUCACUAGAUUUCGUGAUGUGUAAUGUAUGUGAUUUUGUGGUCUGUGAAAAAUAAAACAAUUAUCGAACAAGUUUAUAGUUUACUCUGCUAGGGUUUAUCAGUUGACAUUCCGUACGUAAACUGCUGUAGUUCCUUUGUUAAGUGGAGAUAGCUGAAAUAGUGCGCAAAUUCAGCUUGCGUAGACGUUGUAAAAAUUCAGUACUGUAGCGUCUGAACGAUAGGCUUCCCAACCACUGAGAGUCCAUAUUGUACGAAUUUAAUGUAUGGUUAGGUCCGAGUUUUGAGUUGUCGACUACUUAUUUCCCGCCCAAUCCUAUGUAAAUGCUAACGGGUUUGAGUAACUGAGGAUUUCAGCCUAGGCGGUGACAACGGUCAUUAGACAUACGUACGUAAUCAGUCUCAGUAGUGAGAUUACUUAAGAUUUCGAGUUCAUUCAUAUAAACAAACUUCGUUUUCAAUACUAUAGUUUUAAUAUAUUGACUACUUUCAAAUAAAGUCAUAUAUAUAUAUCACAUUCGUCAACAUCAUGAGGAAUUCAUACGACAGCCUACAGUGAUUGGAGGACAGCUGACAGGAGUAUUCCAAGUGAGGACCCGGGUCAGACGGCAGCUUACUCUCGCCCUUCCUCUGGUAAUUGACUAUAUUAUGAAAACCGACAUUUCACAGGAAGCACGGAAUAAAAUGGACAGGUUGGAUGCAACUAGACGAUUUAAACUUUCCAGAUGAUCUAGCUCUUCUGUCCGAUACACGCGAAGAAAUGCAGUACAGACUAUUAGUGUAUCAGCGGUAGGCCUCAUAAUACACAAGAGGAGAACCAAGAUCCUCAAAUACAACAGGGAGAAUACCGACCCAACCACACUUGACGAGUAAACUCUGGAAGAGGCAAAAACAUCCACGCACCCAUCUGGGCAGCAUCAUCGAUGGACAAGGAGGAUUCGAUAACAACGUAAAUUCAAGGACUGAUAAAGCAGGCACAGUACUCCUACAGUUAAAGGAUAUAUGGGACUUAAAACGACUGCCAAUGAAUAUCAAAGUCAUAAUCUUCAUUACGAACAAAUUGGUUAUGGGCGGUACAAUAUUUCCACACAAAGCUACAUGGAUAUCACCGGACCACGCCACAGAUAACAAGAUUGGUCAUUUUUGUAUCAAUAAAAUUUCAGAAGGACAGUGAGAGAUGCGAGAACCAGGAGAGGAGGUGACAGAGCUUCAGACCACCACCUAAUUGUGGCCAAGAUGAAACUGAAGCUAAAGAAACACUGGACAACUGGGGGGGGGACAGUAUUAUAAAGGUUCAAUACAGCCUUCAUUCGAGAUACUAACAAGCUCGACGAAUUCAAGACAACUCUCAACAACAGGUUUCAAGCCUUACAAGGUCCACUCAAAGAAGAAGAAACCACUAUGGAAGGCAACUAGGAAGGGAUCAAAGAAACACUAACUUCAACAUGUCAGGAGGUUCUGGACCACAACAAGCAUCAUCAUACGCA